AUGGAUGAUGAUUAUGAUCCUGAAUUCUUUAAUUAUAAUCAAACUUCAGAUAAUUCAUAUUCUUUUGAUCAAAAUGAAGAUAUUUUGGCUUUGUACUAUUUUAUUAAAAAUUUUUUUGAAUUUUAUGAAAAACCUGAAAUUCAUCCUGAAGAUAAGCCUAUAACCAAACUCAGAUAUAAG